AUGAAUCAUUUUCCCGAAGCUUGGGGCCGGCCCCGGGACGACGUGUAUGGCCCUUACAACCCUUCAUACCUGCAGACUACCGGCCCCAAAACCCACACCCAGUCACCAGCAGUUACUGGGUCUUCGAUAUUGGGAAUCAAAUUCAACGGAGGAUGUGUUCUCGCUAGUGAUAACUUGGCUUCAUACGGAUCUCUCGCUCGAUUUACCGACGUCAAACGACUCCGUAAAUUUGGUGACACUGCUGUCGUUGGCUUUAGUGGGGAUAUUUCCGACAUGCAGUACAUUGAUCGUCUAUUGGAUUCCAUUGACAUCAGAGAAAACUAUUCGGCCCACGGCAACACACUCAACGCCAAAAACCUCCACACCUACUUGUCUAAGGUCCUUUACAAGCGGCGAUCUGAGUUCAAUCCCCUCUGGAAUCACAUUUUAGUUGCCGGCUUCGAUGAUGACAAGAAGCCGUUCCUCAGCUCUGCGGAUCUGUUGGGAACCACAUUCUCCGCACCACAUCUGGCAACUGGCUUUGGCGCCCACCUGGCUCUCCCAAUCCUUCGCCGGCUAUUUCCCGAGGAGAGACCUAUCGAGGAGAUCACUAAGGAUGAGGCAGUCGCGGCGCUCCGUGAGUGCCUUAAGGUUCUCUGGUACCGCGACGCGCGAAGCCUUGACAAGUACACCAUAGCAGUCAUCACAUCUCAGGGGAUUGAGUUCCAGGAGGAUCAGAAGGUCGAGGCUCAGAGCUGGGCAUUCGCUGAAACCAUCAAAGGUUACGGUGCUCAGGUUAACUAG